GUUUUGCAACCUGACUGAGCACGAGAGCUCUUGGUUCUGUCAAGACUAACCAGCGGUCUUCGUUCAUCGUUUACAGCCUUAUAGCCUCGAACUUAGUUAGGCAGUAAGUUGUUCGCUUAUAUUGUUUCUACAUGGCAUUUUAUCCCUUUGCGUGGCAGUAUAUUCAACAAACUAAGAGAGGAAAUAAAACAUAUAUGCGAGAAUAGUAGCGAGAUACAGUGAAGCGCGCGUAGCUUGCUGUCGCGACCGUGUUUGGACUCACUGGAGUAAAAUGUGUUAUUAACCCAUGUGUUCUUGCGCGAGGCAGAGGACCUGGAAUCUUUAUUUAUUUGUAUAGCUCAUUUCGUUUUAUUUCACAUCGUUGCCGUUAGUGACACACGCAUGACCCAAGCGCUCUCAGCUUUCCUCCAACCGGCGCCGGUGAUGCCAUGCCCCGCAACCACAGCGGAGAUGAAGGUGGCCAGGGGCUCUGGAUGAAAACCUCACCCAAGGGACACCCCACCGAGGGCUACACUUUGAAAGAUGUGGAGUCUGGUAGAAGGAUUAUGAACCACAAUUCGAGAUCUGGGGACGGCUUGCUGUCAGCCUCGGCUGGCUCUGGAGCAGGUGCUAGCGGCGCGGAGAGCCACCGGGCAAAGCAAGGUGCCCGGCUCAGCCUACUCGGGAAGCCGUUGGUGUACAGCGCGCAGAGCGGCAGGAGGAAUGUGCGCUAUCGGCGGCUUCAGAAUUACCUGUACAACGUCCUGGAGAGACCCCGCGGCUGGGCUUUCGUGUACCACGCCUUUGUGUUCAUCCUCGUGUUCGGAUGCCUGAUACUCUCUGUCCUCUCCACUAUCCCGGAGCAACAGGAACUGGCCUCGCACUGCCUCCUCAUCCUGGAGUUUGUGAUGAUCGUGGUGUUCGGCCUGGAGUACAUCAUCCGCAUCUGGUCAGCCGGCUGCUGCUGCCGCUACCGAGGAUGGCAGGGGCGACUGCGCUUCUCCAGGAAGCCAUUUUGUAGGGGCUGGACUCUCCCACAACUCAGGGCCAGUGCAGAGAGCAUGGAGAGUACAGGACCUUAGGAGCUGGUAACUGCAUGGUACAUUGGCUUCCUGGUCCUCAUCUUCUCAUCCUUCUUGGUCUACCUGGUGGAGAAGGAGCUGAACACAGAGUUUGCCACCUAUGCUGAUGCACUGUGGUGGGGCACGAUCACUCUGACCACUAUAGGCUAUGGGGACAAGACGCCCAAGACGUGGACUGGCCGCAUGCUCUCCGCUGGGUUUGCACUGCUAGGAAUAUCGUUUUUCGCUCUGCCUGCGGGUAUCUUGGGCUCUGGAUUUGCACUGAAGGUGCAGGAGCAGCACCGUCAAAAGCACUUUGAGAAGAGGAGGAACCCAGCAGCCUGCCUCAUUCAGUGUGUUUGGCGUAGCUAUGCGGCUGAUGAGAACUCGGUUUCCGUUGCUACCUGGAAGCCUCAUUUGAAGGCGUUGCAUACCUGCAGUCCUACAAAGAAGGAGCAGGGCGAGACCACAACCAGCACCGGUCAGAAGAUGAGCUUCAAGGACCGUGUACGGAUGGCGAGUCCGCGGGGCCAGAGCAUCAAGAGCCGCCAGACGUCCAUGACAGACCGUCGCUCGCCAGGGGCGGAGAUCAGUGGCGAGGGCUCCAGCCCAGCCAAGGUGCAGAAGAGCUGGAGCUUCAACGACCGCACGCGCUUCCGGCCCUCGCUUCGCCUCAAGAGCCAAUCACGCGCCCCCACUGAGAGUGACAGUAACAUGGCAGCAGACGACGCCUUUGACGAGCGGAGCUGCCACUGUGACAUCUCAGCAGAGGACCUGCUGCCCCCCAUUAAGUGUGUCAUCAGAGCCGUCAGGAUCAUGAAGUUCCAUGUAGCCAAGAAGAAGUUCAAGGAGACACUGCGUCCUUAUGACGUGAAGGACGUCAUUGAGCAAUAUUCUGCUGGCCACCUUGACAUGCUGUGCCGAAUCAAGAGCCUGCAAACAAGGCUGGACUGUAUAGUGGGCCCCCAGCAGGGCCUAAGCAGCAGAGCCAAGACCUUUUCCUCUCCCUCACUGCCUCUCUAUUACAGCCAUGCCAGGAGGCAGUCGCCGCAUGGGGUGGACCAGAUCCUGGGCCGUGGACAGAUCCCGCUGGACAAGAAAAUUCGGGAGAAGCUGCUGUCUGACGGGGACCUGCUGGAGGACGUCAGCAUGCUGGGCCGUGUGUGUAAGGUGGAGAGACAGGUCCAGUCCAUUGAAUCCAAACUGGACUCUCUGCUGGACAUCUACCGGCAGGUGCUUCACAAGGGCUCGUCCUCGGCCCUCACCUUGUCCUCACUGCCCUUAUUCGAGUUCGAGCCGACCUCCGGCUACCCCAGCUCCAUCCUCAGCCGGGACCUGUCGUCCACCUCCGGCCAAGUGCCGCGCUCAGCCAGCUCCAACCUGCACCGGGGCCUCCACAUCAUCCUGGCCCCCAACGAGCUCAACCUCAACCUGGGCUCCUCCUCUCCGUCGGGGCCGGCCCCCUCCCCGAGCCCGGGGCCCUUCAGCCCGCAGCCGCCCACCCCAGACAGCGUGUCGGCGGCCAGCCCGCCCCCGAUGCCGCUCACCCCCAACAGCUUCUCGGGGAUGGGCCACUUCUCCAGCCUGGGACGGCCUCCUCCGCAUCCGUCCUCGCUGGUUGGCGGCGUCGGCGGGAUCCCCAACACCCUGAUGCAGCAGCAGCAGCAGCAUCUCCCGGGGGCGCCCCCUCCGCUGCCCCCACCGGCCGCCCACACGCCGCUGCUCGCGCACAGGGCCGCCCGGCGGGACGGGGUCCCCGGAGGGGGGGACUUCUCGCCGCCCUUCCUGAUGGGGGUGCGCGAGGAAGGGGAGGAGGCGCUGGGCUCCGGGCUGGGCAGGCCCCCACCCCCACAGCACCACCACCACCACCACCCUCCGCACCCCCAGCACCCCAAGGGCCGGCUGAGCACCAAGGAGGAUGGCUCCUGGAGGAGGCACAUGAGCCUGGAGAUGGACCCCCUGGCGCCACUCCAGAGGAGGCCCGUCUCGGGGGACCAAGGCCUGGGCAAGUCCCUGUCCGUGCAGGACCUCUUGGGGACGGGGACGGACGUGGACGGCCACCCCAGUCUGUCGUCGACCUCCUCCUCCUCGAGCAGCAAUGACUUGAGCAGGGGCCUGGGGGAACCACUCUGCGGGAGGGGAGGUGGUGGUGGUGGAGGAGGAGGAGGAGGAGGAGGAGGAGGAGGAGAAGGGUGGGGGGAGACGGACCUCUUCAUCAGCGAUAAGGACCUGGAAGCCCCCGGGGGGGCGUUUGACUUCCUGUCCCCAGGGACAGAAGAGGCCACGUCCUUCUCCUCCGAGCUGCUUAGAACGAGCGCAACGGAUCCCCGCGGCUCCAGCCACAGCCUGGCCAGAGGUCGGGGAGACGCUGGGCGUGGCAGCGAGGAGUCCCUCAGCACGCCCCAUGUCCGGCUAAAAUAAACACGCGAGACCGCUACGCGCAGGCCGGCCACAUGCGAACACAAACCUUUGUUUUUAUUCUAUGUUUGUCUUUUUUUUUUUUUUUUUUUUACAAAAAACAAGAUUUUUGGGAGGCAUAGGUUUUUUUAAAAAGACAAAAAUAGAACAAUGUGUUAGCCAAGUAUUUUUUUUUUCUUUUUCUGGUUUCACAAAUGUUAACUACUUUUUUGAAGAAAGGACAAGAGUUCCUCUACUCCUGAUUCUACUGCAUGAGUUUCUUUGUAAGAAAUUAUACAUGUAUUUGAUGCACUCAUGGGUAGAGGACGUGGGAGGGUUUCUUUUUUUUUGUUUUGUUUUUUAAAGUAUACAGUAAAUGUCAAUGUAUCAGAGAACCUCAUUUUGGACAAAACCAUAAGCCAUGACCUCAACACUGCAUGCACUCCGCAUGGAUCCUUUCAGCUAGAGCAUGACAUUCAUACAAAAAAAAAACUCAAAGCUCCCAAAGUCAACAUACCACAAUGCAUCAGAAAGAUAUCACCUCUGCAGCUCUAUCACUGCAGUCUACAUGGAUAGGGGCAUCUUUAUUUGCACGUUAACUGUAUUUUAUGUAAGAAAGGUCACGUUACAUUAUACUUACAAGUGCCGGACACAAUGAGAGAGACAUCUCUGCUAAAUACUGUAUUGUAUAGUUUUGAUAACCAAACUAAGUAUUUAGACGAUGAAGACAUUUUAGCAACUUCAGGGGUGUCAGCUUCUGCACCUGGGUAUGUCCUGUCUUUUCAAUGUCAACUGAAUGUUGUCCCCACAUAACCGAAACAUAUAACUCCCUUUUUAAACCAUAUGUCACUCAAAACACAUACGGAUGUAGUUUAACAAAUCUAGUGAUGGUAGUUAAGUUAAAUGCUGCUUGUUACUAAUGAACUUGAAAAAAAAAAAAACCGAAACUCUAAAAAGACUGAGAUCUUUCUAUGAGGGAGAAAUUAUAACCUAAGAUGACAUCCUUAUGUUUGAUUCAAAUGCAGUUGCAGAACCGACAACUAGAGAACACUGUUGUUUACACUUGUGUCCUUAGAACGUUUAGCUCGACUAACUCUACGGCUAAAGUGGAGCAACACCAGUUGAGUAAAACCCAGAGAGUGGUGUGGUCUAGUUGGCACAACAUGGGAUUUCAAAAUGGCAGAGUUUGACUGGUUGCUGCACAACCCAUCCCUCCCUGAUUGUUUUGAAGGUAUAAAAAGAUAACUAUGUUUAGCUAGGUAGAUAGAUAAAAGAAUCCAGCCAGUUUAUCAGACCUUAUUUAGACUAAUUACAAAAUAUAUAACUGUACUGCAUAUUUUUAAUGUCACUAGAAGUUACUAUUCUUUAUGAUUUAUUUUACUCCUCUCGACUAAGUACAUCCUGUAUCAAGCCCGCACAUUUCCCUCUUAUUCUGACGAUAAAGGUACGAUUUAAAUACCGCACAAUCACAAUGAAACUAUGAAC